GAAUACAUACUCAGUUCGCAUUUAAUAUAAGCAUAAGGGCGACGUGUGGCUUCGUCCUAAUAAAAAGUUAAUCAAUUAAAAAAAUAUUUACAAAUGACGUGACUUUUGGCGCGAACUUGAGAACUUUUUUUUAAUCAAUUUUUUUUUAAUAUUCUGCGAACAUGCCAAAAUUAGCUGUGAUAUUUUUUGUGUAUUUUUUGAGUGGUGUUCAUUCACAAGGGACCGGUUCAGGAACUAAUGGAAACUUGCGACUAUGCGUGGUCGAAGGGCGAGGGGCGUACAAGCGCGCGGCCCGGCACUGUCCUGUUUUAGAUCGGGAGAAGUCGGGUAUCGAGUGUGUGCUUGGAACAGACAGACUGGACUGCCUUCGUCGCAUCAGCAAAGGUUCAGUAGACUUCGGAGUGUUCAGCCCCGAAGACCUGGUGGCAGCCCAGUGGGCGAAGAUCGACGUGCUGGUCACAAACGAAAUGAGGAGCAGGUCUAGACCGUACGCCCGCACGAUUGUGGCUGUCGCCAACCGUCGUAUUCUUCAAGAUGGUUCUACUUAUCUCGCAGCUGUGCUGAGGAAUGCCUCCCUUUGCCAUCCAGGGGUUGGAGUUGAUGAUAUCAGGCCCUUGAGCGAUACGCUGUCAGGGUACCUGGAAUCGCUAGUCCUGGAACGAGCGUGUGACCCCGAGCUCUCCCUAACUGAGAACAGGAUAAAGGCGCUCUCCCAGUUCUUCGGCAACUCCUGUAAGGCUGGCCCCUGGCUUCUGGACAAAGCCAGAGAUGCUGAAUUAAAACGACGUUACCCCACGUUGUGUGCCGCAUGCAGUGGUCGUUGCGACACCAAUGACCCGUACUGGGGCGACUCUGGGGCGUUGGCGUGUCUGGCGUCCCACGGUGACGUCACGUGGGGCGAGCUCGAUGACGUCAGAGCUUACUUUGGGCUUACAUCAAAAGAAGGGCACGCGUCAGCUGAUCGUUUCGCGUAUCUGUGCCUAGACGGAAGCUACCAAGACCUGGAUGAACCCAAUCCUUGCAUCUGGCUGCAUAGACCCUGGCCUGUCAUCGUUGCUAAGAGAAAAGCAUCAGAAGCAGUCUCGAAUCUGGCUUCCAGCCUAAGUGACGGAGCGAUCUUAGUGUCCGAGAAUUGGCACGGCGCUUUAGCUGCGUUGCUUGAGCUCCACCAGGGUCUACCACAGCCAUUGGCGCCUCCUCUGGUGCCUUUGGACUACUUGGCGAGGGCCAGAGGCUUCAGAGAGGCGUAUAGCCAGACGGGAUGCCAACCGCCUAGGCACAUAACCCUCUGCACGAGUAGCCUGAUCGAGUCGAACAAAUGCCAAUGGUUGUCAGAAGCUGGGGCUGUGUACGGGAUAGUGCCCCCUUUGCAAUGUUCACUGCGCUCCAGUGUCGAGGAAUGCCUCCGUGCGGCUAGGGAUGGCAGUGAGCUGGUGGUGGCUGCUAGCGAUUGGCUGGUCAGGGCUAUGAGGGACUACUCCGUCUCCCCAGUCCUUCACGAAGCAACUCCAAUAGUCGACCACACCAGUACCGUGGCGGCCAUUGUCCAAAAAUCUUCGGGGAUCACAGACAUAACCUCUUUGCGCGGGAAACGAGCCUCUUUCCCGAGUUACGACGGCCUGGCUUGGCAUUCCGUUUUCAAAUACAUCAAUCGAAACGAGAAUCAAAACUGUCAAUUCAAAAAUUUCUUUAGCGACGUGUGCGCCCCUGGCGUUGAAAAACGGAACUACACCCAGAGCGUUAAAGAUGCGUUCACGAAUUAUUGUUUCAAAGAGGGGGAUGAGAUUGUUAGCGGCGAUGAACAAGCCUUAAGAGCAGUUGUUGAGGGAAAAAGUGAUGUGGCGUUCGUUAGUUUGGCGACGUUCAAUUUACUGAGAGGUAAGCUAAUUUCAGCACAAGAACCUCAGGUCUACGAGACGUUGAUGCCAAUAUGUCCUAAAGAAAACCCAAAGUACUGCUUCCUGAGUUGGGCAAACAUAGGCCACAUAUUGGCCGCGAAGAACAUAACAGCAAUGAGGCGCCAAGAAGUCAUCAACGUAUUUACAAAACUGGACCAACUGUUUGGCAAACAUUAUCCUUUCCACAACGCCAUGUUUUCCAUGUACGGCCCAUAUAAUCAUCAGUUAGAUAUUUUGUUUCAUAAUAAUACGAGAAUAUUAGCAACUGACGAAAUGCUUAACAGCCAUCCCUAUGAUAAAAUUCCUUUGAAUUUCGAACGCAGCCUUUUCAAAGACAGCUCAUGUGACAACUUUGACAUAAAUUUUGCCGCGAAAACUACGCCGCUGGCAUUAUCUUUAAUUUUCUUCACUCUAGUCCCAUUUCUGUUAUAACUUAUUUUAGAAUUGUAUUGUAGUAGGUAAGAAGGUAAAAAUAAUGAAUAAAUCUUAUUUUUAAAUACAUAUUGUAUCUACUUAACUAA